AUGUCUCAGCCAUUAUAUUGGCCUGGAAGAUACUUUUUCUACGGCAUUGGGAACACCCCGACCGUUUCUCUGACGCGGGAUCUUUCACCUCAAACCCCUGCAGAUAUUCUACUACUGGGCUGCGGUGACCCUCGAAACGUACUUUUCACUGUGUACAAUGAAGCGUCUGGCAGCGAACGGCAUCUAGAUAUCACUUGCAGUGAUAUGGAUCCUGGGAUUAUAGCUAGGAAUAUCUUGCUUUUGACAAUGAUCAUCGACAAUGUUCCAUCUUCGACAAUGUGGAAUAUAUUCUUUGACCUGAAGAUCGACCGCGGCACAUAUUCAACACUCACUGCACAUUGUGAAAAGCUAUGCCAAACUUCACGCAGCCAAAGCGACUGGGCAAAUUCUUCUUAUGGGUCCGUCCUAAAAUUUUCGACGCUUCAUACUUUAGAGGAAGCGAGGCGUCAUUGGCAGCUCUACGUCGAGAUGGAAAGUCUUCCUUCGGACAGGCAGAAAUUCCUUCGCGAUGCCUUUGCUAAGCAAAGUCAAGAAGCGAGCGAGAAGUCAAAAGGUACCAUUUUCUCAUCCGCACGAGCGGCGGGGCCUCUCAUGCUCAUGGCCAGCGCUGUCUAUUCGGAGCAUAUGAAGCACUAUGCACGUACUGGUGUCUCUUCCACAGACCCCAGGGUGGUAACUGCUGCGACAAUGAUCAACCCAACAUUUGCCUACUCGUUUGUGGGCGAAGGUUGUAAUGUACAUUAUGGGACCUCACCGCUUACACCUUUUCCUUCUGCUGCACUCUUUGGUAAUGCCACUCGAGCCCUGGGUAUGAAAGAUGUAGUGGUGUCCGCUCAAAAGCAAUUUGGAGAAUGGUCUGAUGCUUUUUAUACUCGUGUCAGUUCUCAACCCGGAAGCGUCGCUUUGCGCUUUGUCCUUUCUGAGGCUACUGCCCUCUGUCGGGCUUUCCGUGAUUUGAAUGAUAAUCACCGCAUUCAAACCGUGACACCCAUCUCGCAAUGGAAGGCUACAAUGCUGACUUUUGACAGUGCUCAGUACUCCGCAACGGGAUCUUUAUUGAGCUGUGCUCCUACAAUUUUCAAUGUGAUUGACACGUCCAACCUGGUCGACCACGUUGGAUAUCUGAAUAUCCUUGUGUCUACCAUUCCACUACGAACAGUGGAUGGCACUAUCUACACUGAAUCUUUACUUUACAAAGGAGAAGACGCUACCAAGGAGCUCACGGAGCAGCUUUUUUCUGAUCUAGGGACAGUCUCCUUGCUUCUAGGAGUAGCGCCUAUCGACUAUCUUUCGAACUUUUUCACUCGGUCUAACACGCACGAAAUCAUGCUGCACAAUUUCGCAGAUGGUGGUCAGUUUCAUCAAGUGACAACAUGGAAGUCCCCAAUGUCCGCAGAUGUUCCUGUAGAUGUCCAACCCUCUGUUACCUUUGAUACCAUGCAACUGGGAACGUUUCUCUGGGAUAUGUAUCACCGCAUGUUCGAGGAAGAGGAUGCUAUGACCUACUGGGCGAAGCAUGGAGCCAACUUGAAAGCAAUCUCAAAAUCAUCUUUGAUCAGCUAUAACCGAGAAAGCUUUGUUCUUUUUUUGCGGCUUGCGCGGUCUAAUCUUGGUCUGUCAGUUGAAGAUUGGGGAUCUGUCAUGGAACGAUUUCUCGAUCUUCAAGAAGGAGACACUACCAUGCCCAUGGAUACCGUUAAUCGACAAGACUUUCAUUCCCAUCUGUACAGGUAUGGUGUAUACACUGUUCCCACCUAUCGCGGCUCUCUUUCUCGAGUUGGAAGGUUCAGUCAAUGGUCGUCAGUCCCACAAUUGGUUCGCAUCAUACUCACAGUACCGCGGUCAGUGCUUGAAGAAGUAUUCGCCGAAAGUCCGAAUAUGGCGACUCAGACACCAAUUCUCCAAUGUCAUGUUUCAGGGUUGUGGUCUAUGAACGCUUUUUCUGCCGUACAUGCAGCAUUUGGUCGGGUCUCCACUUUGGGAUCCAAGGCAUCCCCUCGGCUUUCGUUUGAAGAAGAUAGAGAUGGGUUGAAGGGUAGAUCACCCCUUGUAGUUUCAUUUACGAUGCCCACGCAGCUGUUGGUCAAUAUUGAACCUCAGGACCAGCUCAAGGUCAAUUUUUCUAUCAGAAGCACUGGAGCCUCUGUAAUGUUCACAAAAAAACUUGGCAUGAAUCUCAAUGUGUAUAGUGCUGCCCUAUUAGAUGAGACGCAAGUUCAGGUUUUGCCAGAAUCUCUGUCGCCUUCAAAGAUUUCCACUCCCGUGUUCUCGAAAAUCCCGCAACAUAUUGGACCUUCUAGACCAGUAGUAGCGAGCUUCAACGAGGAAUGUGAGGUAGUCAACUGGUUAUCUACUCGGAUUGACAUUCAAAACCCCGACGUCAUCCAUUCAUAUGGCUCGCUUGGUGCCAUUCCUGAAAUCAAACAGCUUUCGCCGUGUACUGCCCGUAUCACAGUGUCCGGGAUUUCGCAAAUGGUCAUUUUCCCGGUUCCUAUAAGGGGGAAGGAUAAUCGCUUACGACUGGCUCGGAAGUCAUUGUGGAUUGAGCUUCUUGUACCUCCCUCGGGGCCUUCUCAAAAUGGAGGCAUGCCAACUCGACCGUUUCCAGUUGUGCUGGCUUCAGCUAUGUGCCCAGAGAUCCAUGCAUGGAAUGUUCACUAUGUCAACCUUUCGCGAUUACCGUUUCUUGACUGCUCACACCCCACGAAACUAUACAAGUGGCUCAAUCCUCACAUUGGAUCGAUGAUGUCUACGAGAGAGCGGAAGGAACGUAAAAGGCAUGAGAAAGAUGAUCUCAUCUUUGUCAAAGAUACCCUGCACGCUAUCAUGGUACGAGCUAGCGGUAUUCAGGGAGGAAAAGCUCGGCGUUUGUUUUCUCUCAUGGACAAAGGAACCCACAAUACCGACACGUUGCUAUUCGUUAACGGCUUACGCUAUGACCAAAGUGCACACACUGUCGUAUGUGAUGCCUUUAUCCUGCCAUUGACCGAAGACAUACUGGAGAGACACAACCGUCCCUUUACCAAGCUGGUCAACACUGCCAACGUGGAGCACAUACAACUCAUGGAGGGAGAGGUGGCAUCGUGGAAGCAUCUCAUUCCAGCAUUUGUCGAACGUUGUCGCACUUGGUCCCACGGACAGAACUGCGAGUACAAGGCUUUAGGAAGGAUCCCACUUACCGAGGAGAUUGAAAACAACCCUAUUUGUAGUUGCGGUGAAGGCAAGGACGUAGAGGGAAUGUCAGAAAUCGCAGCUUGGCGUCCCUUUGCACCUUAUGCCACCCGAAUUGCCCUGUCGCCGCUGUUUGCUGUGACAUACCUCGAACCAAUCCUGAGAGAUAUCAACUCACGCAGGUGCUGGCUAUGCAGAGGCAGAGGGAAACCCAAGUUGCAUGAAUGUAGCAAAUGUCGGAAGGUCAGAUAUUGUGGACCUGAAUGUCAGAAGAAGGAUUGGGCAGCACACAAAAAGAAAUGUGUGAAGAAAAGUAGUUGA